GAAAAGCAAGCGUCGAUUUCGUUGGUUCGUUAAAUUCCGGUAGAUUUCGAACGUAUCUUGUUUUACCCUAAAACCAGGGUAUUUUGUGGCCAGCGGGAUGAAUAGUGCAUCGAAGCGGCGUUCUGCCGGUGCCGGUAAGAAAGGGGCGGCGGGCAAACAGCCAGAAGCGGAGACCGCGGACGAACCGGCGAUGGACGCCGAGGUCGAUGAUGAUGCGAUGCUGUCCGAGGACGAGGAGGGUGGCACGCGCAUCGGAGGCAUUUACAUUCCACCACCGGUGCCCCCCUACUGUUCGAACGAAAGCAAGGGCCCCCGGCUGAUCAUUGAUAAGAUCUCGAACUACAACUUCAAGAGUUAUGCCGGCCUCGUACAGCUCGGUCCGUUCCAUCAACGAUUCUCCGCCAUCAUCGGUCCGAAUGGGAGCGGCAAAAGCAACGUUAUCGAUUCGAUGCUUUUUGUGUUCGGUUAUCGGGCACAAAAGAUUCGCUCCAAGAAGAUCUCCGUGCUGCUGCACAAUUCUGCCCAACAUCCGAACACGAACAAGUGCACGGUCGGCGUGCACUUCAAGCAGAUUGUCGAUCGCGAAGACGGUUCGUUCGAUGUUGUGCCCAACAGUGAGUUUGUUGUCGCUAGAACCGCGUUCCGGGACAACAGCUCGUACUACACGAUCGACGACAAGCGAGUGCAUUUCAAGGAGGUGGCGAAACUGCUGAAACAGCACGGCAUCGAUCUCGACCACAAUCGGUUUCUUAUUCUGCAGGGUGAGGUCGAAUCGAUUGCUAUGAUGAAAUCGAAAGCACAGUCAGAGAACGAAUGCGGCAUGCUGGAGUACCUGGAGGAUAUUGUUGGGACGACACGCUAUAAGCAGCCCUUGCUUAAGAUCCACGAGCGUGCCGAAAUGCUGAAUGAUGAGCGGGCGGAAAAGCACAACCGCUGCAAGCUGGCCGAGCGCGAGAUGAAAGAUCUGGAGAAACCCAUGAGCGAAGCGGUCGAAUACUUGAAGCUGGAAAAUACGCUAACACGCACGAAAAACCAACAGAUCCAAAAGUACAUCAGUGAGCAGCAGCGAAAGAUUGGUGAGCUGGAGGAGGAACGAGGGCAAGCCGCUGGCAUUCUCGCCAAACAUGAUGAAACGUACGAAGCGCUGAAGGCGGAGCGGCUGGAGAAGGAAAAGAUCGUCAAGGAAGAGAUCAGACAGUACGAUGCGCUCGUAAGCUCGAAGGAGGCCAAGGAGACGGCACUGAAGAGCUCGCUGGACAAUUUCGCCAAGGUGCAGGCGAACAUGCGGGCUACGAACGAGCGGCGGAAGAAAACGAUCGAACAGAUCACGACGGAAAAGGAGAAAUUGAAGGAACUGAUGGAAGUGCCGGAAAAGAACCAGAAAGAAAUCACCGAGUCGGAGAAGAAAAUUGAAUCCCUCACGAAGCAGAAGACUGAGGUGGAAACCAAACUUACGGCCAACAUGACAACGCUGCGUGACGAAACCGCGGUGUUGCUGGAGGAGAAGGAAAAGGUUCAAACGGAACUGAUCGACUUGAAACGUGUAGUGGAUGAGAGUAAAUCGGCCCUAUCACUCGCCGAAUCGGAACUGAACAUCCUGCAAAGUGACGAGAUAAUGGAACGCCGUAAAUUGGAAACGCUACGCUAUUCGUUCGAUGAAUCAAACAAAAACUUUGAAGAGAAACGGCAGCGACUGCAAGAGCUGGAGCAAGCGCUACCAGCAACGCGUGCUGAGCUCGCCGAGGAACAGCAAAAGCUAACCCAGAAUACCAACGAAGAGAAGGAGCUGCGAAUGGAGCUUCGUGGUGUGCAGGGGAAACUGCAGGAGUCCAUGCAGGCCAUGCAGGCCAUGCAGUCGACGCGUUCCCAGGGCAAAGUUCUCGAUGCGUUGAUGCGCCAGAAGAACGAAGGACGCAUUCCCGGGAUUCUAGGGCGGCUCGGCAAUCUAGGUGGCAUCGACGCACGAUUCGAUGUUGCGAUCUCGACGUGCUGCGGCUACUUGGACCAUAUCGUGGUGGAGACCGUGAACACGGGACAGGCUUGCAUCGAUUAUCUAAAGCAGCAUGAUGUUGGGCGGGCAUCGUUUAUCGCGCUGGAGAAGAUGCAACAGUAUCAGCAAAAUUGUCAUAGUCGCAUUGAAACGCCCGAGAAUGUUCCACGAUUGUUCGAUCUGAUUCGGGUAGAGGACGAACGAGUUCUGCCGGCAUUUUACUUUGCCCUCCGUGACACACUCGUGGCUGAGAAUCUGGACCAGGGGCAACGGAUUGCGUACGGUCGACGCCGCUAUCGUGUCGUUACGCUCGGUGGUGAUGUGAUUGAAACGUCUGGCACAAUGUCGGGUGGUGGCCGAUCACAGCAUCGUGGUCGCAUGGGAACGCAGGUUCAGACGAAAACAUCCGCCUCCAGUGAAGCGGCCGGUGCAUCGAGUCGUGAAAUUGAGCAAAUGCAAAUCCGAGCCCAGGACAUACAAUCCCAGAUCAACUUCCUUCAGGAGCAACAAGGCUCCCUGCAGGCCAACAUUCAGCGCCUAACGGCCAAGGUGAAGCAACAGGAGAUGGAGCUGAAGCGAAUGCGGCUAGACGUGGCCAGCUUGCAGGAACAGUUGCCACGAUUGCGCGAGCAACUGGAACGCCAGCAAGAGCGCGUUGCCAGGACACACUCCGACCCGGAACGGGUGCGUGCCCUCGAGACGAAAGUGAGCGAGUGCAAGGAAACGUUCGAGCUAGCGAACGAUAAGGCAUCCAGUGUGCAGCAGGAGGUGGACCGGUACACGAACCAGAUCAAUGAAAUCACAAACAGCAAGGUAAAAUCAUUGCAGACGAAAAUCAAUGGCUUCACCAAGCAGAUCGAUAAACUGACAGCCAACAUUAGCAAGCUCGCGGUCGAGAUCAAAACGUCCGAGCGUAAUGUGAAGAAAUCGGAGAAUAAAAUCCGCAGCAUGGAGGAGGAGGUUGAAUCGGCGCAGAAUGCGAUCCGCAAGGGUAACGAUGAUCGAACGCAGCUGGAAGAGGAAGCUAAACAACUGAAGGGAGAGCUGGAACAAAUGAAGGAAGCGAUCGAGAAAGCGCACGAAGGUUCGUCGAGCGUCAAAAAAGAAAUUGUUGCGCUACAGAAACGAGAGGCAGAGGGAAAGAUGAAGCGCUUGGAAUUUGAGCAGAUCCUUCAGACCAUCGACGGUAAACUGCAGGAAACAAAGGACACGUUGCCGCACUGGAAAGAUAAGUUGAAACCAUUGAAACUACAUGAAAUCCCCGGAACACCGAACCCGGAACCACUGAAGGAGUAUACCGAGGAGGAGCUGGCGGGCUACAAGCUGCCCGAUCUCCAGUAUCAGAUUUCGAUCCUGGAGGAACAACUAAAUGCCAACAAGCCCAACUUGUCCGUGAUCGACGAGUACUUGCGGAAACAGGAAGCCUACCUGCAGCGGGUGGCCGUGCUAGAAGAGAUCACUGCCAAGCGAAAUGAAAUGCGGAAGCUCUACGACGAUGUGCGCAAGAAGCGUUUUACUGAGUUUAUGCGCGGUUUUCACAUCAUCACCAAGAAGCUCAAAGAGAUGUACCAAAUGAUCACGCUCGGUGGUGAUGCCGAGCUGGAGCUGGUCGAUUCGAUGGACCCGUUCACCGAGGGUAUCGUGUUCAGUGUGCGCCCUCCGAAAAAAACGUGGAAAAUGAUUUCCAACCUUUCCGGUGGCGAAAAGACGCUCUCCUCGUUGGCGCUGGUAUUCGCGCUGCAUUACUACAAACCGUCGCCGUUGUACGUGAUGGAUGAGAUCGAUGCGGCACUCGAUUUCAAAAAUGUCUCCAUCGUCGCUCACUACAUUCGGGAACGUACCAAGAACGCACAGUUUAUUAUCAUCUCGCUACGAUCGAACAUGUUCGAGCUGUCGGAUAUUUUGGUGGGCAUUUACAAGGUGAAUGAUUGCACAAACUCUGCGGCCAUCGACAAUGAUCCGCCAAAGACAAAUUACGUUGGCAGUCAAUCGCAACAACAGCAUCCACCAGCAUCGCAACAGUUUGGCUACGGCAAUCUGAAUAACAACGAUGACCACAAUGUUAGCCUGCAUUCACCGCCCGCUAACGGUGCUUCCGUGGCACGUGAUGCGUCGGAGGCUAACGGUGAAAGCAUGAUUACGAGCGCAGUUGAAAAUGGCAAUCAAAAGGACAACGAAACCAUCGGUGACAAAUCCGACGCGGAACCAAUGCCGAUCGAUCAAUCGAUCGUGGUAGAUAACAGCCACGUGCAACCGAUGGACGUCGAGAUGGAAGUACAAUGACCGUGUAUCGCAAUUUAUCUGUUUUUUUUCUCCAUUAAUCUAUGUAAACAGCGCUUGUUUGUACAAAAUGACCUCUAAAGAGAAGGGUAUACUAUAAAACUGUAAAAUAAAUAUUUUAAAAGAAA